UUCUGGUGAUCAGAUUAUUGAUUUUCGUGACAAAACAAGUGAGAAAUUUGAGUUUGUAACUCGUGAAAAAGGAGUCCACCGAUUCUGCUUUACCAAUAAAUCUCCACACUAUGAAACCAUCGAUUUUGAUGUACAUGAAAACCAUUUUACAGUCUUUGAAGAGCAUGCAAAAGAUGAACAUUUCAACCCUUUAUUAGAACAAAUAUCCAAUUUACAGUAUGCUCUCAAUAAUAUCCAGUUUGAACAACGCUGGCUCGAGGCAGAGACAGAACGUCAGCAAAUAGUAACUGAUGCAAUGAGUAAGAGAGCAAUUCACAAGGCAUUUGUUGAAUCAGCAGCACUCAUUGGAGUCAGCAUUCUACAAGUUUACCUUCUCCAGCGCCUUUUUAACAGAAAGAUAGGAAUGUUCCGAGUAUAGCUUUUAGCACUGCUACAAAAGGUUCAGCUUACAGAUUUUUAUUUUUAAAGACAUUACAGGCUUCUAAUACACAUGUAUAGAAACCAGAUAUAUGGUUAUCUUUGGUCUCUCAUCUGGUCCCCCUUUAGAUCAGUAAGGAUUGGAGGUCUCGAUCAAUAAAAUGUUUAUAUGAUC